CACCGGUGCCACCUUGUAAUAAAAUUAGUGGAUGAUGCUCCUGCAUACAGAUGAGAAUUUGGUUAUCUCAACACCGCGUGUCUGGUUUUGCUCAACUGAAAUGCACCUGUUUACGAGUUCGUAUGUGAAAUCCGCGAGGAAUUCUCACAGAUUCCCAUCGAAUCGACGAAAGAGUUUAAGAAACUACGAGAAGCGCAAAGGAAACUGUGCUCAGACAGAGGAAAGGCGCAUUCCGCGCACCGAUGGACUCUCUCAGAUCACCCUAUCAGGUGCAAAACCACUGACAGGUUUCCACCCACCACCAACCCAAAACCCCUCAGUGCGCUCCAGCCCUCCUCGGCACACAUACAGACAGUCCCGUACCAUCACCCAGCGCUCUUCCAGGAUUUGCCACGGCUCUGUGCGCCUUUUAUGUACAAACGACUCGGAUAACAGUGAAGCAACAACUAAACGAGAGACUUCUAACCGUAACUCAUCUAUCCUGACUUGUUGGGAAAGUUUUCCCUCUCCAAACAAUAGACACGGGAAGCUUGGAAUGAUCCACGUAAGGUGUGCGCUUCCAGGUGACUUCGGCAGGUACGAACGGGAUUUAUCUUUUCAUCUCGCAUACUGGAUCAAGAGUAAGCACUAAAGGUCGCGGAUUGUUCACCGAGGAGGAGACACCCCGCUUCAGCCUUUCUUACCAAUUCAAUCUUUGCGCGCUUUGGCGAGAGAGCGCAGCGCGCGCGGACCGCGGAGAAGCGGGGACACCACGGGGAAGACACUGAUUUGCGUUUAUUCAGCUCUUUUUCAAACCAGAAACAGCCUCAUGCUGCUUCCAGCGGCGCAUUUACACUUCCUUCAUCUCUCUUUGCCUUGGUAUUGCACCUCUCCUCCGGGAUUUUGUGUGUGAGACAGUGGCGGGGCUCCGCGCGGCACUUACUGGAGCGGCAAACGCUGGAAACAGGUGUAUUUGACCAAGAUGUCUGGUCUGCCGUCAAGGUUAAUCUACGUGUGUUUACAUUUUCUGGUCCUCUACUUCCAGUUGCAGGAAUCUCACCAGAGUUCCGCCGACUUCCGGUUCUACAUCGAGAACCACACCAGAGACGACGUGAGUCGGAAGCAGGUGCGGAUAUAUCAGCUCUACAGCCGAACCACUGGGAAACAUGUGCAGAUCCUGGGCAAGAAGAUCAACGCCAAUGGAGACGAUGGGGGCAAGUACGCUUUACUUGUUGUGGAGACGGAGACAUUCGGGAGUCAUAUUCGAAUAAAAGGGAAAGAGAGUGGAUACUACAUCUGCAUGAACAAGAACGGCAAAAUUAUUGGAAAGCCCAAUGGGAAUAACCAAGAGUGCGUCUUUGUGGAGGAAUAUUUGGAGAACAACUACACAGCGCUGGUGUCGGCCAAGUACAAAGGCUGGUAUUUGGGUUUCAACCGAAAGGGUCGACCCAAAAAAGGCUCCAAGACCACGCAAACACAACAGGAAGUGCAUUUCAUGAAGCGCCACCCCAAAGGAAAAGUGGACCCUCUGGAGGAGUUCCGUUUCACGACGGUAACGAAACGGACACGAAGGGCGCGGCGUUUAAAACCCAACCCCAAAACGAACUGAGUCGCUACCCGUGCUUCUUACCUGACAAACAACUUCAUCUAAUCCGAAACAGGAGAAGGAAGAGGACACAAAUAAACAAUGGCUACAGAAAAGAGACAAGAAACUUACGUUCAAAGAUGUUUUAUUUUUACAUCUCAGAAACGUCAAGUUCUCCCAGCUGUUGAAUGUGGGUCUUUUUGAAAUGUAAUUGGUGUCUGUUAUUUUAUUUAUACUGGAUUAACUAAGGAUGAACUAUAAGGAACUAGCGUCUCCUGCUUUGACACGUUUAAACUCUGGAAUAGCGAUGAGAGCAAACUGCACCACCUGGGAAAUCUUUUAUUUUCAUUUGUGUUGCCCCCAACAACAAGGAUCCAGUAUUUUCCACUGGAAUGGUGGGCUGUCAUGGAGACACAACGAGAGAGCGAUAACAGAGUCAUGUGACCCUUGCAGGCCUCCAUAGGUAAACAUGAAGCUUUGAGUGCAAUAUUUUGAAGAGCCUCUCUGUGGGAUGCCUUUCUCGUCUGAACGGACAGUAGGCCUUCUCUUGGGCCGAAUGCGCAGAAUGCUUCGAUAUUCUUUGAUUCAGCUUAGAUCGACGUGCUUUGACUAGCCAGAUAUCAGCUUUAGCUGUGGUGAUAGUGUGUGUGAGAACUAACAGACGCAAGCCUGGAUAUGAAGGGACUGGAAAAAGGUUUGGGGAAUCGCUCUAAUGCUCUACAUUUGGAUCAUGUGUACAUGCUGAUUAUGCCGUCACCCUAAAUGUAAGCUACCAAAAUACGUAAUGCAAAACCAGGUAUGAUGCAUCGCUCUUAAUGUCCCGGACACUCAACAAGUAUCGGAUUUUGACUACUUCCAGGUCACUCAGCCAAUGAAAUCGGUCCGCCUGACAAUCAGUCAUGUCCUUUGUGUUCUAGAACGCUUUCUCUCAGUUCUAGAAGGUUUGAGACAGAAGAAAUCCCUUCUGCAGACGCUGGACUCCAGCCACUGUUGGUGAGGUCGACUCUCUAUAUGGGUAUAGCUGUAGUAUACACUCGUCUAUAUACUCAUCGUCUGUCAGACGUUACUAACAAUCAUGCCACUCGUACGAUUAAGUAAAUGUAUGCAAAAAUAAUAAUUUUAUUACUAUUAUAAAAUAUUUAUUGCCUUUCUCUGUAAAUAUGACUUGAUGAAUUUAUUUG